AUGGGAACCGAGUCGCUUGAUGAGGCUUCGAAUACUCGGCGAAUUCAGAUUCAUAUGGCUGUGAGUUUGAAAAAGAAAAAAAUGAAAUUUAUAACCGAAAGUAUCAAAAAAAUAAGAAGUUAAAAAGUUGUAUGCGAGUGAAUUGAUUUGGACUAUGAAGAGAAAUAUGUUAGAGGAAAGUAUACUUAUUUUUUUAUACAUUUUUUUGAAUUAACUCCCCUUCCUGCCGUUUCAUUUCAAUUCUGUCCUGUCGAUUUUUCAACUUGCUCUGUUUUACUACGCGGAAAUUUUAUAUUUUCAUUGAUCUGAUCAAAAAUCUAAGAAUAAAGUUGAGGAUCACCUUAAAAAUUAGAAUUUUCAGCCCUUUUCAUUGAAAAUAGUCAACUUCAUAUAUUUAGAGUGCGAAAAAAAUCACAUCCUUUUUAUUCAAUUGUUUUUUCUUACAUGCUCGGGCUCAUUUUGAGUUUGAAAGUAGUAUUGUGAUCCAAAAUUGAAGAAAAUUUUUCUUUGAGCAUUUCCGUGCGCCUGAUAAAUACUCGCUUGCUACUUUUAGACAUGCUCGACUAUUUUGUUAAACGCGGUUCAAAAUUUGAAGCUUAUUAUUUCUAUACUCGAAAAAAUUUCGAAAUCUCUAUAAAACGGAUAAAGACUAGAGUUUCAGGGCAUUUACCAGCGAAUUUUCGACAGAAAUCCUGGUCUCGAGAAGGACAUGAAAGAAAAUCCGCAUCUCGUCGAGCAGAUGCUCCAACAGAUCCCCGAGGCGAUGGCCAACGCCAUCAAGGCGGACAAGAAAUUCGGCAGUGUGGUUCAUGAGGAGCACAAGGGCCCGCAGGAGUACGAGGAGAUCGAUGGGGAUAUCAGUCCGUUUUUUUUUUGUUUUUUUCGAGUGAAAAACGAGAAAAUCCAAAAUUGCUUGAAGUUACGAGUCUAGGUUCGAACUUUUGAAAGCCAAAAAACUAAAUUAACCAGAGAAAAAAAGGCCCUUCCAUGAUUUAUGAAAAAUCUUCAAUUUUGGAAAAUUCGAACGUAGACGGUGAACUACGUAAAAAAAAACAGAGUCUAGGCUAAAUCUUUUUUUUGUAUUUUUGACCUGAUCCCUUUCUCUUUCUUGUUGUUUCUUCCACUGUCACAUCUCUCUAUUUCUUUCUCCUUACUCUUUUCAAUAUUUUCGACGAUUUCAAACUUCAAGUCUGGUGUUUUAAGAAAGGUUUCUGUUAUAAUCUUGAAAUCUAACAAGAAUAUUCUUUUCGACAUUUUUUUCGUUCAGCGCGGAUCAUCUCCAUGCCGGAAAGAGUUCCCGUUUUUCCGAUUAUGAUCGAUCGCGAGGAUCGAGAAAUCGCUGAGAAAGAGAAAAGGGAAAGAAUGGCGGCUCAGAUGGAAAUUCUCAGGUUUGUGUGGAAAAAUUGUCCUUUUCAAUCAAGGAAAAACACUUCUUUAUUUUUUUAUUUUUAGUAUUAAAAAAAUUCCACUAGUUGAAGUCAAGUUUUUGGAAAGAGAUAUCACUGGAAAUAAUAUUUUGUUCGAAAAUUAUUGUUAAAUGCGCAAAAUACUUGACUUGCUUGGUCAUACUGACAAUGUAAAUCGAAUUUCAUGAAAUUUGUCUGUAUUCUUUUGGAAUGUUUUGAGAUUAACUUUUGGGUCAAUAAAUUUGAGUUCAUAAGUUGAAUUUGUGAAGAGAAUAAUAAGAAAUUUUGGGAAAGCAAAAAUGUCUUAAAAGUUUAAAUCCUCGUUCAAAUAGUUGUAUUUGAAUAUUUGAUUCAAUUGGCAACAUAGAGCAAUACAAUUGAAGAGACAUUACUUUAGCUUUUGUAUGAAGUCUUAUAUGAUAGUGAGAGUUGAUCAGUUCAAAUUGGGAAAAAGAAGAAAUUAGUUUGGUUUUGAAGGGGGCAAUAUUUGGCGGCUCGGAGUUACUAUGCUCGUUUCCCUCCAUUCCCGUAUCCGCCGCCGUACCAGGUACAUUUUUCUUUCGUCUUUCAAUAAAGAACCUGGAAUUCGAGAUGCCGCAAAUGCCACACAUGCCUCCGCACAUGCCGCCGUUCAUGCCGCCCCACUUCCAGCCUUCUUAUCCGCCCUUCGGACCUCGUUGA